AUGUCCAAACGUCCAUUAUCCACGUUAUCGCUCCCCCCCGCAACGCUCUCCGUGUUGGCACGAGGGGGAUACGAGACCGUACAAGAUUUGUCUACAUUGACUCCUGAAUGUCUUGCUAAGGGCAAGGGAUGCGUCACAGACCUGAAUAUAUCAUUGCCGUCGUCACAAGCCAUUCUCUCCGCAACGCAGGCUGCGCGGGCCCCUCCAAUGACGCAGUCGGCUGCAUCAAUAGUCGGAGGCGCUGCGCAAUAUACGACGCACUGCAGACCUCUAGAUUCCCUGCUCGAGGGCGGGCUCAAACGAGGGUAUAUCCUUGAACUGUCCGGCGCACCCGGGUGCAAGAAAGAAGCUCUCGCGAGCGACGCUGCAAGAAGUUUUGUAGAAGUAUCACAAGGCGUUCUUUUUGUCGACAUGCAGAAUAUGACAAGUCCCGCCACCCUAAAUAAGGCACUACGUAAAUCAACGACCGCCGCACCAGACUACAAGAAGCUGGUCCAUUACCUUCGAUUGCACACUCUCCCGGAUCUCAUGAUUUUUCUCCGGAAUCUCCCCGCAUACUUGCAGACGCAUCCGGAAAUCACAUUAUUAGUGCUAAACUCUCUCUCAUUCCCGUUCCAAUCUCCGAUUGAACUGCACGCGACAGCUCGCAAUGCAGCACUCGACAGAGUCAAGCACAUCCUAACGAGGGCGUGCGCUUCUUCGAGACUGACCGUUGUUAUCACAAGCCAACUCGCGACGAAGUUUCUCAAGACCGACGGCUCCGCAGCGAACUAUGAUACAGGCUCCAAAGCGGUCAUGGUCCCGCAAAUAAGAAAUGCUUAUCUUCCAACGGGAAGAACAUACAGAGUUCUCAUCGUCCCACAGUCGCAUUCGUCCGGGUAG